UCUAGCAAAAGGGAGCAUUUAAAGGAGAAGCAGAUUCUUUGAAUCCACUACCAGGAAAUUGCAGCCAGUUUCUAGCACAACGGAGCAUUUAAAGGAGAAGCAGCUUUUAAAAUCAAGAGCAUAACUAUGGGAAAAUCAGCCUCCAAGCAAUUUUCAGAAGAAGUCUUAAGAGCCCACAAUGACUACAGGAAGAAGCACGGUGUUCCUUCACUAAAACUCUGUAAGAAAUUAAACAGAGAAGCACAGCAGUAUUCAGAAGCACUUGCUAGCACAAGAAUCCUCAAACACAGUCCUGAAUCUAGCAGUGGAAAAUGUGGAGAAAAUCUAGCAUGGGCUUCAUACGAUCAAUCAGGAAGCGAAGUAGCUGACAGAUGGUAUAAUGAAAUAAAGAAUUAUAAUUUCCAAAGCCCUGGUUUUUCCUCUGGGACAGGUCAUUUCACAGCAAUGGUUUGGAAGAACACAAAAAAGAUGGGAGUUGGAAAAGCAGCUGCGAGUGAUGGCUCCACAUUUGUAGUGGCUAGAUAUGAACCUGCUGGCAACAUUGUAAACUCUGGGCAAUAUGAACAAAAUGUUUUUCCACCAAAAAAGUAACAUUCUUUUUAUAACAGGUUAUAAAAAGAAAACUGAGAGUUAACCUGAUUACAUUGGAUAAACCACUGUUGAAUGGUACUUUAGUCUUUAAAUGAUUAUUUCAAGAAAUGUUUAAUGGACAAGCAGUUCUGCCUACAAAAUUGAUUCUUGUACCGAACCAUUCCUGAAACACAAUGAAAACACUGAAAGGUAAUGACAAAAACAAACAUAUGGAACAUACAUUUCAAGAAAUGUAACAGCAAAAUAUAUCGAAAUAACAGUAUUAAGAUCAUAAUAUUUUGAUAUUAAAGUUUGCAAGUAUAUUUAGAGGGUUUAUAUAAUUUCAUAUCUGUACAGAAUUCCCUCUCUAAAAUAUAUUUGCAAACUUUAAUAUCAAAAUAGUUUAAAUACUAUUAUUUCAUAGAAUAAAAGGAUUUCUAAAAAGAGGAAAGACUGGUUUUAAUUGCUUAUAAUUAAAUGCCUAUACGGAUUGAUUGUGUUGCCUGAAUGCACAUGAAAAAUAGCAAAUUCCUAACGUAAAUUGCAUGAAGCUAUUUAUCUGGCGCAUCCGGUGUUUGCAGAUAAGCAUGGACUGGUAUAGUAGGGUUGUAGGCAUUCUGAAAAUAUAACUAUUUCCACAGAGCACAAAACUUAUUUAUCCAUUAGACUCUCAUCUGACUUCUUUUUCUUUUAUAUAAAAUGCAAGGACAGAUUAAAUUAAUAGUAUCAUUUCUCAGUCUGGAAGUUAGCUGAAGCUUACAGAAUUACUAUUUAAUAAGCAUCUCACUCUCUUUUUAUAUUGCAAAGACUUUGUGUCAGUGCAGUAUAUGGAGAGUGAGGAGCUCCUAUUAGGGACAGCUGGCAAGACUGGGAAAUCAGUUUGUAGUAAAUGAUGCAGCUGUUGAGGAAGUGCUCCAUUGCCACAAUAGUCAAAGCUUUUGCUUAGAAGCCAAACUUUUGAAAGGAAUUUUUAAAAAAACUUUAAAAGGUAAAAAAGUUUAAACUCUCCUGGUUAGGAUAAACAGAGACUGUUGAAAUAAAUAUAUUACCCAAGACAUUUUUUAAAAUUUGAAAUGGUGCCAAUUUUAUUCCCAUAUAAAACUUCAUAAGACUAGCAAAAAACUUUCAAUAGAUUUAUAUGGAGUGGGAGAAAACUUGAAAUAAAAUUUAAGAUUUUACAGGAUGGACCCAAUUAGCAAAAGAAAGCUCGGGACCAUAUUGAUUGGAAACAUAUGAAAAGGCCUUCAUGCUGGAGUGGCUAGACAAUGGAUGAUGAUGAUGAUGAUGAUGAUGAUGAUGAUGAUGAUGAUGAUGAUGAUGAUGAUAUUCUUCCAUUCGAUCCUGUCUGGUUCUUGGAGAUUGCCUGACCAAGCCCUGCAAUUUUCUUGGCAAGGUUUAUCAGAAGUAAUUUGCCAUUGCUUCCUUAUUAGGGCUGAGAAAAAGUGACUGGUCCAGAGCCCUAAAUGUCAUGGGUCCAGGCUAUUUGAGGAGCCAUCUCACUCCAAUAAGAAUUGCCUGUCCCACUUACUCCAGUGGAAGGAGCCUGCGAUAGACCCUGUCGGCCAAGAAAUUCCAGCCAGCAAUGUCAAAGAAGAGCCUUUUCUACUGUGGCCCCAGCCCUGUGAAUCAUUCUACGAUGAUCAGAAGCGAGAACUGUUCCAACUCUUCAAGCAUUCUGAAAGGGUAUCAAAACCUGAUUUCUCCAAUUGCCUUAUGAAGUGUUCACUGCUGGAAGUGGUGGAUAGAGUAAGAAGAAAUCUCAUCCCAAUGUCAUUUGUCUCCUUUAUUCUAGUUUUUUUUUAAUGUUCAAUUUUUAAAAUUGUUUCUAUACUUCUUAUUUUUUUCUGUAAGCCACCCAUAGUCACCUUAUCAUUGACAGGGGAAAUAUAUAAAUAUAAACAAACAAACAAACAAACAAACAAACAGUCAUCCAGCUGACUUUGUGACUAGAACUCAUUUCCUGGUUUCUAGCCUGAUGCCUUAACCAAACUGGCUGUAUAAUAUAGUAUGCAUAUUACAUCACAGAAAACAGAGUUAAGAAAAUGACCAAAUAAUAGAACAGAAUAGAAUAACAGUUUCUCUCAGGCCUAAUCCCAAAGACAACACAGUAAAAUCCAAUCAAGUUGACACUGCCCCCCCCCAUUUCUAAGCCUAGAGAUUGGAGGGUCUAGCCCCGUGAUGGAGAACCUAUGGAACACAUGCCGGAAGUGGCACGCAGAGCUAUCUCUCUGGGCAUGCCAGCCAUCACCCAUUGCUGUUCCGGGUUCUGGUGUGCAGAAACUGAAAGACCACAUAAACCAGCAUGCAUGCCAGAAACCGGAAGACCAGAUGACCGGCGCGCAUGUGCAUGUCAGAAACUGGAAGCUCAGCCAGCGCACCAAGGCUACAGGCUGGGUUUGGAGCUAUGGGCUGGAUUUGGGGCUUUGAUAAAUGCUUCUCUUGACAUAGUUUAUCUUAUAGGGUUUUAAGCAUCCUGUUAGCUCACUGUACUCUCCCUGAUGACUGCAGGAUAUACGGGAUGUGUAAAUUUUGGGUGUCAUACAAGGAUUGUCAAAUAUGUUAAAUGAUCUGAAAAACAAAAUGCUUUCCUCAAUCCAUGUCCAAUUUGCUAGAUAUCCUUUAGGACAGGGCCGUUAAACGCCCAGCCUGUGGGCUGAAUGUGUCAUGUGCUGGCCACACCCAUGCCCAGUUUAGUGAAGGAAAAAAAAGUCCUGAUAUUUCACCUGACACUGCCAACGUGAGAUUGACACCACUUGCUUUAGGAAGUAUUGAGCAGUUUCAAUGGCAGUAGCAUGUCAGCAAGGAAUGGCUGAUAUCCAAUAAGUUGAUCUUUACACAGAAGCAGGUGCUGGAAGCCAUAAACGUUUCUUGGGAGAGGUGUAACAUCCUCUCUCCUUACCAAUGAGCAAAAAAAGAAAAGAGAAAUCCUAAAAAAUCCGAAAUAGGUACAGAAGUGCACCCACAAGAAAAUGUAUAAAUGGAGAAAAAAAAACCUGUACUUGAAAAGAAGAAUUUUACUUGGAUGCAAAAUUUUAUUCUGGUGAGCUCAGGUGAAUGAUAUGAUUGUCACCCCUCUUUGUUGGAUAGAGAGGAGCCCUUUCUUUUGUUAUGCCAAAGAGAGAGGAGACAAAUUACACCAACUCAGUAUUUACUCUUUCUUCUCUUGCUUUAUAUCAACUGCAAAUCUUUGUUUAUAAAUGUUUUUUUUAAUUUUUCAGUAUAACUGCAGGUUUUUUAAAUAUUAAGAGCUGCAUACUUUUAACAUUAUACUUUAUAAAAUCAAUUGAAUGCAAUCUCUCUACAAAGGCUUUUUCCUCCAACCAUAAAUUCUGCAUAUUUAUAAGGAUUAUAAUCACUCUGAAUUGAAUUUAUAUGAAUGAACCGAAUAUGAAUUUUUAUGUACUGAAUGGUCUGAACAAAUUGAAUGUUCAUUUAUAAACCCUUUGGCUGCAAAAGGUCUGACACAUAAAGGCAAAGCUUUGUGUACCUUAUAGAACCUCUGAUUGUUGCAAGGCAAGGAAUUAUUUCUACUAAUCACAAAGCAAAACUACAAAUGUAAGUUCGAGGUUCGAGGUUCAUUUUAUUUAUAUGCCGCCCUAUUCCCAGCGGGACUCAGGGCGGCGCACAAACCCAAGG